UUGAGUUGCGAGAAAGACGAAAAGCAACCAGACGCUCGUGCAGCGGGAACACGCGGUCUAUUUAUUCGAUUCCUCAAGAACUGUGUUCAGUGGCACGUCGUCGCUGUACAUUUUCGUUAACAACAGGAAACGUUGCCAGAAGAUAAAGAGCUCUCUCUUUUCUUGCUUUCUGUCGGGGUAGCUGUCAUGGUGGAGGAGGAACAAACGCUUCCAAAAUCGGCGGCCGGGCCUGCAGGAGAACUACCUCUACCACCAGAGGCCCCUCAAGAGGGGUCACCGAAACAGAGCGUUCCGAGCGACCACGUCCCAAGGACUUUUGCUUUUCUGAGCAUGUUUGUUUUCCCAGUGGUAUACUGCAUCGCGUCCAUCCUGAUCGCACGAGCAAUGCGUCAGAUCGAGAAGGAAUGUCGAAGCGAAGAAUGCCAGACAGCAUCUCAUUACAUAUCGACAUCUGUCGCUGGCCAGAUAUCUCCCUGCAAUGACUUUUACCAGUACACGUGCCAGAACUGGAAGGUGAACUACGCGGAACACUUAACAGCCCAAGUGACACUGUCGAACUUGUCGGAUUACUUCAACGGCAGGGGGGUCAACACCGAGAACUUCGAAAAAGCUACCAACACCUAUGCGUCUUGCACCGCUUCGUUCGCCAGCGCCAAAGACCAAAGCAUCGCCCACAUUGUCAACUUUGUCAACGGCAACUUGAACCUGGACUGGCCCAAUGAGACGACAAACAUCGGAAUUACGCAGCUGUACGAAGUCAUUAUUAAGCUGCAACUACGUUACAAUAUUUACCCGUUUUUCACUCUCCACUUUAACGACGGCCUCGAAAAGCUUACUAUCUCAGCGGCUGGGAGGUACCAUCCCUGGUACAUGCGCCACCCGCACACAGCUAAACCAACAUUCCGCCGUGAUCUGAUUGCCGGAAUCAUUGGGGCAAUGAGCUCAACCGUGAACCCAGUCGUCGUCGAAAAUAUAAUCAGCAUAGAGGAUGCCAUCAACGACAUCAGUACUACCGAUGAGGCGCAUCUUCUGUCUAAAAUAAAGGUAUUAGCACAAGACCAGUUCCAGUUUUCAUGGAACUUGAUGAAUGCGAUCCGUGACUACCUUCCUCAAGCGCAAAAGAGAAUAUUUAUCGGGAAGACGCUGGCCCAUUGGAAUCAAGUAGAGGCCCUGAGGAAAUCAUUUGCUCUGCUCAAUGACCUAGGAAACUUGUCGGCCGUGGCCAACUACAUCGCUUGGACCGUAAUUGAGGUCGUAGGCCGCAGAACGAGCAGGUCCUUGCGGCAGAUCAUGGUGGCGGUCAGCAGCCAGCAUAAUGUGGCAAACGUUGCCAAACCUUCUCUUGGUCAUAAUGUCUGCUAUUACCAAACCUAUCAACUCUUCGCCCUAGUCCUAGACCGCCAAAUUUACCUCAGGAUGGACCCCAGUACCAUCGCCUUCUUCAACGAUGCCAUGAAGACUGUGAAGCUCUUCGCAAAAGGUCUGUUAGAAGAGCUCUUCUGGAUGGACAAAGAAACCGUGAAACGGUUGCAAAAGCAAGUGGAUUUUAUCACCACCGACGUCGGCAUCAUUAAGCGAUUCAGGUACGUCGACGUUGAAGACGCCUACGACCACUUGGCGUUCAUCGACCAAAACGAGGUGUUCACAAAGAAUUAUCUCGACAUCACGAGUAAACUGAACGACCGCUUGAUCGACAAGAAUUUUCGCUACACGUACGCCCCGUCACUGUGGUCAAUCUAUCCUCAAGCUCGGUACGUCGCAGCCUAUUGGACGUUCUACAUACCCUUCUCCCUCUUAAGGAAGCCGCUCUUCAUGAUGGGCGACUUUCCACUGGCUAUCAUAUACGGCAGCCUUAUCUCUCAAGUGGUAAUGCAGUUGUUCAUGGAAGGAUAUCGGAGUCGCAAGCUUUUAACGUGGUCUUUCGCCACGGCGCAGCAGUUUAAAAUCUACAUGGAUUGCUACAACAAUGGCUACAGUAACGCGACGCUCGUCCUUGAGGAUCCCCCGAUGGCUUAUUUUAGGUCAACCGCCCUGACCAAAACGUUUCAAAUGUACCGUCUGGAAGCCCAUAAGAGGGGAAAGAGCUAUCGGCUACCGAACUCCAACCUGACGGCGCAGCAGCUCUUCUUCGUGGCCGCGUGUCUGCAUAUGUGUACCAGGAACCAGGCGGAAGAGGCCGAAAAGGCGGCUUUGUGCAACCUACCAUUACGACGUGUCAAUGCUUUCUCCAAAGCGUUUGCUUGCGGUCGCAGUCACCAACUCGGAAGGCUGCGCUUGAACUGCUCGCAGUUCAAGAUAAUUGAUGAAUUGUUUGCCUUUAAGUUUGAACACGUCAUUGAAACGUCGUUGUCGGUUCAAGGCGACGAAAGAGGAGAUUGAAGUGCAAUAAAAUAUGGAAAUUACUUAUCUAAGA